AUGAAGGGAUUGGUCGGAGGCAUCCCUCUUGCCCUCCUCGUCGCCGCUGUCGCCAACGGCCAUGGCGAGGUGGCACAGGACGAGGGCCCGGUAACUCUUAUCGGUGGCCCCAGUGGUACGGACGGUGGGAAUAGUGCUGCUAUUACGUUCGACAGCAGCUACAGUUCUAGUGUGAAGGACACCUACAAAGACGACCACGAUGUUGGUCUCAAGAACACUGUGGUCGGCCGCGCUGCCCCUCAUCCUGCAGUGCCUGGUUUCGACAAAAGACAGGACAGGGAUGGCACCAUCUUUGGUGGUCCAUCCGGCAAUGACGGUGGUAACAGCGCGGAAAUCGAGUUCGAGAGUGCGUAUUCUUCAGUUGUGGAGGACUGGUACAAGGACGAUCACUCGGCAGACAUCAAGAACACUGUGAUCACACCACCCCCGCCUCAUCCUCCUUUCCCUGGUUUCCGCAAGAGAGGUGGCGGUGAUGGCACUAUCUUUGGUGGUCCAUCCGGCAAUGAUGGUGGUAACAGCGCGGAAAUCGAGUUUGAUAGCUCAUAUGCCUCGGCGGUGGAGGACUGGUACAAGGACGAUCACUCCCUUGUCAAGGACUACUACAAGGACGACCACUCUGUUGACAUCAAGAACCAUAUCGUCCACCCUCCCCCUGUCGUGUAUCCUCCUCCGGUCCCAGGGUUCCGGAAGCGUGACGAUGGAGGCUCUCACAUUAGCAGUCCUCACCAUCAUGAGCACGCUAAGCCGACUGUGGUCGGAGAUGUGGGAAUAGCUUCCAAAGACGGGGAUGGCACUAUCUUUGGUGGUCCAUCCGGCAAUGAUGGUGGCAGCAGCGCCGAUACCGAAUUUGACAACAAAUAUUCAUCUGAGGUCGAAGAUCAUUACAAGGACGACCAUUCUGUGGAUAUCAAGAACCAUGUGUACGCGCCAGCCGUGCCAAAGGGCUUCCGCAAGCGCGGCGGCGACCCGGUCAUUUUCGAUGGUCCCAGCGGCGAUGAUGAAGGGAACAGUGCCGACUUUGACUUUGACGACAAGUACUCCUCAAAGGUCAACGAGCACUAUGCUGAUGACCAUUCCGUCAAGUUAGAGAACUGGAUCGUGCAAGCUCCGCCCCCGCCCCCACCCCCUCGUCCUCAGCCCCCUCGUCCUCAGCCGCCUCGUCCUCAGGGGCCACCACCCCCUUACGCUGGCAACCCCGAGCCACUUGGACCUCCACCUCCUUUCGCUGGCAAUCCCGAGCCACUUGGGCCUCCACCUCCUUUCGCUGGUAAUCCCGAGCCAGUGGCACAUCCACCUCCUUUCGCUGGCAACCCCGAGCCACCUUACGCCGUGGACCCAGCAACAAGCAAGCCAUGCAGCACAUCCACCUACCUCGAGACCAUCAUCAAGACCGUGGACGAUCCGGUGCCCACUAAGCCCGCUGCCCCCUACCGGCCGCCUGAGCAUUCCCAAAUCCAUGAGCCUAAGCCAAGUGGUCCAUAUGAGCCCACUCACACGUAUGAGCCUACACAUCCCGCCGCGUCCGUGCCAACUGGUGUUUCUCCCACUCACGAGGCUGAGGCCCCCAAGGGCCAACACGAUCCUGGCUUCGAGAAGCCAGAGCCUGUCCGCACGCCUUGCACCUCGUCGAAGCCGGAAGCUCAUGCUGCGCCCACUGCUCCAUCGUACCCACCGCAGGGAGACCCUCAUGCAGACCCUCAUGCGUACUCUGAGGACAGCGGUCCUGCUAACCCUGUUCACGACCGGCCUCCAGCCGCCACAACUCCUUGCCCUACGCGCAAGCCUGAAGGUCAUCGACCUGAGCCUACCGCUCCGGCUUAUCAACCCCAGCACGCUGACCCCAAGGAAGCUCCGAAGCACGCACCCACCUCGGCGGAGCCCCUGACCGCCAUCACGUCCACCAUCACCGUGAGCCACACCUCCACCUGGGCAGUGGUCCCCGUCUACAUGGACAACGACCACAAGUCCUCCUGCACGUCCGCAGACCGCCAGCGUCCCAGUGACGUGGACGCGAAGGCUCACCAGGUGCCUUCCCCCACAAGUAGCCAGGCCGUCAAGCCCUCGCACCACGCGACUCCGUCCUCGACGCCUAGCCAGGCCGCCAAGCCCUCGCACAACGCCGGGCCAUCCUCGGCGUCGCCUAGCCAGAACCAGAUGUUCACCGGCGCCGCGGGCCGCAUCGCACCCGCCGCUGGCGUCGUAUCUGCUGUGUGUGGUCUCAUGGCUGUUCUUGCCUUUGUGCUGUAA